AUGCAGCCAAUGGUUAGAUACCCUAAACAAGGUUGCGACAAUAGUAGUGGUUGUAAUGACCGUGACAGCCACAACAAUGUUAAAGAAGAAAAACCUGUUAAACUAGCAAAAUCUCGUGAAACCAGAAAUAUAGUGAAAAAGAUAUUUCAUUAUAUUAUUUCACUAUUUUCUGCAGUUUAUUAUUUUUUACGUGAUUUUUUCAAAUUUUGCUUUCGAUUUAAUUCAAGAGCACGGUAUGACUCCAGUAACGAUACGCUACAUAAAAAGGACGAUGAUCUUUCAACUAAACAAUGUGAAGAAGAAGAAAAAAAGAAACGUAAGAAUCUGGGUCGUACCAUUGUACAGGAUAUCUCCUCUCUUCUUCACUUAAAUACUUCAAAUACUGAAGAUGACAGUAAAGAUGAUUCUAUGACGAGUGGUACUAUUCAGAAUGAUGCUGUACAGCGUCGCUCUUUUGCCAACACUCUCAUACGACGAAGGUUAGAACUUGAAAAACCAGAAUCCUUACGAACAACGUUUCGUGUACAUGCUUGUACGUGGAAUGUAGAUCAGACUCCUCCACCUGAGUCAUGUCAGGAUAUUUGCGAGUGGCUUCUUGGAAAAUCUCUUAUGGGAAAGUUAAAAGCCUACCAUGCUGCAAAGGCAAAUUAUGAGAAAAUAGGGAAAGGGACUCCACCUGUUGUUCCAAUAGCAGACUUUCCUGAUCUCGUAGUGGUAAGCCUUCAGGAAGUAGAAAUGGGUGGAGUGGUGUUGGUGAAGGAGUAUACAGAAACGGGAGUAUCUUGGGCAGAGACUAUUGUAGAAGCCCUCAAUAAGGCAAGUGAUCAUAAAUUAUGGUAUAGGAAACUUAAGAUGGUACAACUUGUGGGCCUUGUAUUAAUUGUUGUGCUGCGAGUGGAGCACUCGAAGUAUGUGAUGAAUGUACGGGCCUCUCUCACACGUACAGGAGCUAUGCGUGGAGUUUGGGGCAAUAAAGGUUCUGUUGGACUACGGGCCACUAUAUAUGGAAAGAGAUUUCUUCUUAUUGCAGCACAUUUUGUGGCACAUAAACAUAACGAACGUACACGUACAUUUAAUUAUCAUGCUUCUUUAAGUGAUCUUCGUUUUGAAGCUCAAGUAGACGUAGAUGAUGAAACUGAAGUUCUUCAGAUGUUUAGUACUUUGGCAAGUGAAUCUGAAAUGAUUCGUGGUGUUAUUGGAAAUCAUUCUACUUGGGCCCGUUUAUUUGGUAAUUUUAGACGAAAUCCAUCUGCUGGUAUUGAACGACGUGUAUUAGAUAAGCAUGAUUAUGUUUUCUUUCUUGGUGAUCUUAAUUCACGUUUACAUGGUGUAAAAAGCGCCGAUAUUAGACGACUUGUUCGAUGUAAAGAUUAUGAUCAUCUCAUUUGUUGUGAUGAAUUACGACAAGGUAUGAUUAGUGGUGAUACCUUUGAUGGCUUUCAAGAGCCUAUUAUUGAUUUUCCCCCUACAUAUAAAUUUGAUCAUGGUACUGAUUUAUAUGAUACCAGUUAUAAAAAACGUGAUCCAGCGUGGUGUGAUCGUAUUCUUUUCCGUGUAUGCCUUCCAUGUGAAGAUAGCGUUGGUUAUUCUCUUGAUGAAGAAAGGACAAACAAUAGUACUACUAGGAAUAGCAGUAGAAGCAGUGGUGGUGGUAGUAAUACUAGUAGUAGUGGUAAUAGUAGUAGUAGUAAUAGUAGUAUCUGUUUUAGUUGUAAUUGUAAUAGUAAAAAUGGUAGAAAUUGUUGUAAUGGUGAAGAUAAAAAUAAAAAAUUAUUAUCAGACUCCAACAAGAACUCUACCAAUGACAAGCAAGAGACCCCAUGUACAACGUCAACUAAAUUUCCUCUUUCACAUGUAUAUGAACCUCUUCACAAAUCUGCAGAGGAUGUCAAAGAUGAAGCAGAAUCCUCUACAUCUUCUUCUAGGAGUAGUGAAGUACUAUUAGAAGGAAAAAGAAGUAUAUCAGUACGUGGAGAAAUACCACCUACACACCUUUUUGGUAGUUUAUCUUCUAUGGAUACUACUGAACCAUCUACCUCAAAAACAAAAUCACCCCCAGUAGAUAUUGUUGCAGCAGAGGCGAAGCAACUCCCUACUUUUUUUUCCGCUAGACGAUCAACAUGCACAGAUCGACGGCUUCUCAUAUUUCCAAUGGUGCCAAAUAGGGUGAGUGUUCUUGACUAUCAUCAUAUUCCAGAUAUGAGACAGUCGGAUCACCGUCCUGUCUGCGCACAAUUUGAUGUAGAUGUACUCUCUCUUGAGAAGGACUUAGUUGAUGAAGUGAUGCACGAUGUGUAUGAAGGGCUAAGUCACGAUUAUGCAUAUUAUAUCACUUAA